GUUUACGUCAUCAUACAUUGACAAAUACUAUCAAAAUACUCAAAAAUAAUAUUUUAAUCUUUUUUGUGGGCCCCUAAAAAAAGAAAAUUUUUUUAUUAUAAAGAUUUUAACGCAAACUAUUCAAGAUGGAUAUGCUAUCCAUCAGAAAAGUUCGAUUACAUGGUAUGAAAGAUUCGAGAUGGAUGACUAAAGAUAAAAUAACGCAAUACAAAGGGUUGAUUAAUUUAUUUAAGAGGGAUAAGAAAAUUUCAAAUUCCGAUAAAUCGGUCGCUACCAAAAGGGAUAAACGAGCUUUGGCUACGUUAAAAAAGGAAAUCGCUGGCGAUCGUGAUCUUUUAGAUAACGCUUUAUACGGUGAUAAACAAAUAAUAAGAAAUGCUUUAUUAAGCGAUAAACGGAUUCAAUUGGCUUACGAACGAUUAGAACCGCAUAUUAUCGUGGAACAUUUACAACAACAAAAAUUUAAUUGUCGCAAGAAAAUGGAUUUGAUGCAAUUCGAAAAAUUACAAAAGGCUAAACGACUUGUUACUGUCAAGCUUGAAUACGCCGAAUUAUGUGACCGAUUAACUUUCGAACAACCCGGUUCGUUUCCGGUUGAGCGUUUAUGCAGAGAAUACACAUCCCACGUCCAAGAUGCCAUCCUAAAGAAAGAAGCCGCAAUUGUUGUGAAUGAAACUUACAAAAAAAUAAUUAGCGUUAUGAAGAAAGAUCAAAUUUAUUUCGACCAAAUUCUGUACUGUUUAAACCAAGAUGCCCGAAAACAAGCCAAAUGCAUGUUUGAUACCAUCAUGCUCGGGCAAUUAGCCAUCGAAUAUUUAGAUGAUCGCCGCGAAGAUUUCAGAGAACUCGAAGCAGCCGUUCAAUGUGAUAUGACACUAAGAAAACAAACCGUUAAAUCAACAAGACAAGUCGUCGAAAGUUUAUCGAAGAACAUCAAAUUUUACAUAAGAAGAGACAGCGACACUAAUUUACCAGGAGAUCUCUUUUUAAACACCAACACCGAUAUUGAAGCGGAAGUUGCUGAAUUAUGCAGAACUUUAGAUCAACUCAAAGAAGCGUUUAGCGUAAAUUAUUAUUUACAACUUUUCGACUGCUUAAAAGAACAAGAUCGCCAAGCUCAACGAUUAAGAGCUUUAUGCGAUCGCACUUUGGAAGGUCGCGAUACUUUACAGAACCGUUUAAAUCACGCCAAUUUAAGUUACACGGAAAUGGUGAAUUCAGUUUGCGAUGGCACGGCCGAUUAUGUCGAAGAAAAAAGAUCGUUAUUGGAAUCGUUGGAGUACGGGGAAUUUCGUAAAAAGGAAGCCAUUAAAAAACGCGAGGUCGUCUCAACCGUAUUGACAAACGUAAAAAUUUCAUUACAACAAAUGGAACAAAUGUGUAAAGUUGUACGCGAUCCGAAAGAAAAGAAAGUAACGCCGAAACUUCCGUCCGUUGAAAAAAGCGUUGCUCUGAUAAAAGCUGCGCGACAUCCACAGAUGAUGAAACAAAUGUAUGAACAUUUAAUUAAAGAUGUUAUUGAUAUUAAAGAAGUUUGCGAUGAAAUUAUUAAUAUUUUAACUCCGAAAUUAGCGGUUGUUAUGGCAGCAGCUGCUGGGGUGGUUCUUGAUGAAAGAACACAUGGAUUAGCUGAUAGUCAAUUACAACGAAUGACAAGUAAACGCACACCGUCUGUUUUGAGGGAGAUCGCAGGACCGACUGAGUCAUUGGUUGAAGGACUCACUAUGGAGGACUUUGGAAUUCCGACUAGAGCUGAUAUAAAGGCACAAAGUGAUGAAAUCGUUUUGAUUUGUACUAAAAGUGACGAUUCCUGAUAGUGAAGAAAGAAAUAACGAGAAAUCAUAUUUUUUGUGGGGUGUAAAAGAUUUUUUUUUAUGUAUAUUUUUUUUGUUUAAGUAUAUUUUCUUU